CUUCGUUUGCGUGCCGUCGUCGGUUAGGCCAAUGAGCCACGCAUUAAAACCUAACCAAAACUGAAUUCAAAAUUCGCAAUUCCAUUUGAAAAAUCGCACGAGAUGAGCGCCGGCGACGACUUCGACAUUAAAAAUUACAGGGCGAUCCGGCUCGAUAGCGCGGACGAUCCGCUGCAAUCGGCGGACAUCGAAAGAAAGUGUUUGGUUCUAGCUUACAACGCCGCAUUAAAAAGCAUGGACAACAAGGGCGUGUGCGAACUGCUGGAGUGGAAACUCGCCAAAUACUCGGCCGCGGUCAUUAAAGAAAACGCGACCAUCUACGACGAGUUGUUAUAUGAAAAGUAUCCCCAAGUGAAUGCGGGGACCAACUUUAAAACCGAUUUUAGCAAAGCUCCGGCGAGUGUAGACUUGGAAGCGAUGGUCGCGGAGCUCGGUUGCCAACAGGGCGACAAGUUUUACUGCCGACAAUCGGAAACCAUGAGCCAGGCCGAACUGAACGAUUUCUUCUACGCGUUUAACCCGAAGAGAACCGGUAAAACAGACGUCGAAUCGUCGGGGAAAAGUAAACCGAGUGCCAAAAGGAACUUCGAGGCCAGCGGUAGCUUUAGGACCGCGAGGGAGGAGCUGGAAGGUCAAACUUCCUCUAAAUUUGGUACCUCGACGUGCGUAGAAAACGGGGGCCAGAAGAGAAAGCUGGGCCUGCGGAGGAACGUGAAAAGUAAAUUCGUCUCGCCCCUUCUAUCGAGAACAGACAGCCACGACGACGUAAAAACGGACGAUUCGCGCGACGAGCGUCUCAAAAAUAUCGAUCCCAAAAUGGCGGAGCUUAUCCGGGCGGAAAUAAUGGACGCGGGGCCUGCCGUCGGCUGGGACGACAUCGCGGGCUUGGAGUUCGCCAAGACGGCGAUCAAAGAGGCGGUCGUGUGGCCUAUUUUGAGGCCCGACAUAUUUACGGGGCUCAGGCGACCCCCCAAAGGGAUAUUGCUGUUCGGCCCCCCCGGCACCGGCAAGACGUUGAUAGGUAAAUGCGUAGCGUCCCAGAGUAAGUCGACGUUUUUCAGUAUCAGCGCAUCGUCGCUGACAUCCAAGUGGAUAGGCGACGGCGAAAAAAUGGUCAGGACUUUGUUCGCUGUCGCCAGGGUGCAUCAGCCUGCCGUCAUAUUCAUCGACGAAGUCGAUUCUUUGCUGACGCAGCGGAGCGACACCGAACACGAAAGCUCGCGGCGCAUCAAGACCGAAUUCCUAGUCCAGUUGGACGGGGCUACUACUAGUAGCGAGGAACGUCUGCUUCUAAUAGGGGCGACGAACAGGCCUCAGGAGUUGGACGAAGCCGCCAGAAGGCGUUUCGUCAAAAGGUUAUAUGUUCCCCUGCCCGAGCACGAAGCUCGGUCGCAUUUGGUCCGCAAACUAAUCGGUGACGAACGCCACUGCCUGACGGACGACGAUUUCGAGCGCAUCGCCCACCAGUCCGACGGGUUCUCGGGGGCGGACAUUAAGAAUCUGUGCUCCGAGGCUUCGCUGGGGCCCAUAAGGUCCAUCGAGUUUGGCAUGCUGGAAAAAAUAACGCCCUCCGAAGUAAGACCCGUUACCAUGGGAGACUUUGAGGAGUCGUUCAAGCGGGUCAGACCAAGCGUUUCCUCACAGGAUUUGACUCACUACGAAGCGUGGGAUCGCGCCUUCGGAUCAGGCAACCGUUAGAAAUUGUAUCAAAUUCUGUCAAAUAAAGCGUUCCUUUGGUUUAUGCGUCGGACUUUUCACUUCAAAAUCAACUUGCGUUAAAUGAUUUAAACUAAAAAAAUAUACCUUCUUUGGUUAAUGUUAACAUUUCGUUUCAAAUUUAAUGAAUUUCUGAAUUUGAGAUUUACGAAACCUCUA